CUCUUCCCGCAACCCCAGCUCCCCAAGCCCAGCCCUGACCCAGAGAGCAGUCUGAUUUGGAAGCUGGAGGAUAGAGCCAUGUAAGGUCUGUGUAUAUCACUGCAGCCAGCUCAGACCCGCCUCCCGAGCCCUGGCUCCAGCCUCCCUCCUCCUCCCCACCCUCCGCUCCACAGCCAGCCGGAGAGGAGUCCGCUUCUGGUAGAAGCCUGUCAGUCUUCAAGGAACAAUGACCCAGAAGACCACCCUGGUGCUUCUUGUGCUGGCUGUUAUCACCAUUUUUGCCUUGGUUUGUGUGUUGCUAGCUGGCAGGAGUGGAGAUGGGGGUGGACUGAGCCAGUCUCCCCACUGCCCCUCUGUUCCUCCUAGUGCCCAGCCCUGGACACACCCUGGCCAGAGCCAGCUGUUUGCAGACCUGAACCCCGAGGAGCUGGCAGCUGUGAUGAGCUUUCUGACCAAGCACCUGGGGCCAGGGCUGGUGGAUGCAGCUCAGGCUCGACCCUCGGACAACUGUGUCUUCUCAGUGGAGCUGCAGCUACCUGCCAAGGCUGCAGCCCUGGCCCACCUGGACAGAGGGGGCCCCCCACCGGCCCGGGAGGCCCUGGCCAUCAUCUUCUUUGGUGCACAACCCCAGCCCAAUGUGAGUGAGCUGGUGGUGGGUCCCCUGCCUCACCCCUCCUACAUGCGGGAUGUGACUGUGGAGCGUCACGGUGGUCCCCUGCCUUAUUAUCGGCGUCCUGUGCUGGCCAGAGAAUAUGAAGAUAUCAACCAGAUGAUCUUCCACAGAGAACUACCCAAGGCUUCUGGGCUCCUCCAUCACUGUUGCUUCUACAAAAAACAGGAGCAUAACUUGGUAGCAAUGACCACAGCCCCCCGUGGCUUGCAAUCAGGGGACCGGGCCACCUGGUUUGUCUUGUAUUACAACCUCUCAGGAGCUGGGUUUUACCUACACCCCAUUGGCUUGGAGUUGCUGGUAGACCACAAGGCCCUGGAUCCUACCCUGUGGACCAUCGAGAAGGUGUUCUAUCAAGGCCGCUACUACGAGAGUCUGACUCAGCUGGAGGACCGGUUUGAGGCCAGUCUGGUGAAUGUGAUGUUAAUCCCAGACAAUGGCACAGGUGGGUCCUGGUCCCUAAAAUCUUCAGUGCCACCAGGUCCAGCACCCCCUCUGCAGUUCCAUCCCCAGGGACCCCGCUUCAGUGUCCAGGGGAGCCAAGUGACCUCCUCAUUGUGGACUUUUACUUUUGGCCUUGGAGCUUUCACGGGGCCAAGGGUCUUUGAUAUCCGCUUUCAAGGUGAGAGGGUGGCCUAUGAAAUCAGUGUCCAGGAGGCCAUAGCCCUGUAUGGUGGCAACACCCCAGCAGCAAUGCUGACCUGCUAUAUGGAUGGUAACUUUGGCAUUGGCAAGUACUCUACCCCCCUGACCCGUGGAGUGGACUGCCCUUACCUCGCCACCUAUGUGGACUGGCAUUUCCUUCAGGAAUCUCAGGCCCCCAAGACACUACGUGAUGCGUUUUGUGUGUUUGAACAGAACCAGGGCCUCCCACUACGGCGACACCACUCAGAUUUCUACUCCUACUAUUUUGGGGGUGUGGUUGAGACGGUGCUUGUGGUCAGAUCCGUGUCAACCUUGCUCAAUUAUGACUAUGUGUGGGACAUGGUCUUCCACCCCAACGGGGCCAUAGAAGUCAAAUUCCACGCCACCGGCUACAUCAGCUCAGCGUUCUUCUUCGGUGCUGGUGAGAAGUUUGGGAACCAAGUUGGGGAGCACACACUGGGCACGGUGCACACCCACAAUGCUCACUUCAAAGUGGACCUGGAUGUGGCAGGGAUGAAGAACUGGGCCUGGGCAGAGGACAUGACCUUUGUCCCCACCAAUGUACCUUGGCAUCCUGAGUACCAGAUACAGAGGCUACAGGUGACUCGGAAGCUGCUGGAGACAGAAGAAGAGGCUGCCUUCCCCCUGGGUGGUGCCACCCCACGCUACCUGUACCUGGCUAGUAACCACAGCAACAAGUGGGGUCAUAGGCGAGGCUACCGCAUCCAGAUACUCAGCUUUCCUGGGGAGCCCCUGCCCCAGAAAAGCUCCAUAGAGAAAGCCUUCAGCUGGGGGAGGUACCGCUUGGCCGUGACCCAGAGAAAGGAGGAGGAGCCUAGUAGCUCGAGCAUCUUCAACCAGAAUGACCCGUGGACCCCCACUGUGGACUUCACGGACUUCAUCAACAAUGAGACCAUUGCUGGCGAGGAUUUGGUGGCCUGGGUGACAGCUGGGUUUUUGCACAUCCCACAUGCAGAAGAUAUUCCCAACACGGUGACUGUGGCGAAUGGCGUGGGUUUCUUCCUCCGACCCUACAACUUCUUUGAUGAGGACCCCUCCUUCUACUCCGCCGAUUCCAUCUAUUUCCGGGAGGACCAGGAUGCCAGGGCCUGUGAGGUCAACCCCCUGGCUUGCCUGUCCCAGGCUGCCACCUGUACCCCUGACCUCCCUGCUUUCUCCCAUGGGGGUUUUGCUCAACACUAAGCGUCUCCCUGGAUGGACAGUUUAGCCAAGGGCUGGGGAGCAGAGCAGCAGCUGAGCAGUGCACAGGGCAAUCUGGUUCCCUCUUCUGUCCCCAUAUCUCUGAUGUCCCCUCUCUGUUCUGCUCC